AUGACGGUACCACCACCUUCGGUGCAAAGGACAGAAACCCCAGGCCUGACUUACCGAAGCGGAGGCGCGACAAAGCGACUGAUUCCUUCCUUCCGCGAGGCGACCUUCUGUGACAGCAGGGGGUGGCGCAGGGGGCUGCUGCCGCUGGGCUGCCGGGCGGCGCCGGAGCGGCUGCGCUACGCGAUUCCCGAGGAAACGGGCAGCGGCUCCCUGGUGGGGCCGCUGGCGCGGGACCUGGGGCUGAGCCCGGCCGACCUGCCGGCGCGCAAGCUGCGCAUCAGCUCGGAGAAGCCCUACUUCGCCGUGAGCGCGGAGAACGGGAACCUGUACGUGAGCGAGAGGCUGGACCGCGAGGAGAUGUGCGGCGACUCCGCGUCCUGCUCGGUCAGUUUCGAGGCGGUGGUGCAGAACCCGCUCAACGUUUUCCACGUCGACGUGGCCAUCCAGGACGUCAAUGACAACUCCCCGGUCUUCAGCAAGGCUGCUCUCGAUCUGGAGAUCGGUGAAUGGACUGUUCCUGGUGCGCGCUUUCCGCUGGAGAUGGCGCAAGAUGCGGAUGUGGGAAGCAACUCGCUGCUGAGUUACCAGCUGACUGAAACCCCGUCCUUCACGCUGGCAGUGAAGGAGAGCCCGGAUGGAAGCAGGCAGCCCGAACUGGUGUUAGCAGCCGCUUUGGACCGUGAGAAGCAGAGCUCCUUUCAGAUGGUGCUGACGGCGGUGGACGGUGGGGCUCCAGCGAGGUCGGGGACGGUGCAGAUUCGCGUGAACGUGACCGACGCCAAUGACAACGCGCCCGUGUUCAGCAAAAGCGCGUACGAGGCGCGAGUGAGGGAGAAUCUGCCGGCGGGGUCGCUGGUGCUGCGGGUCCGCGCCACGGACGCGGAUGCAGGCUCCAACGGCCGCGUCUCCUACUCCUUCCGCAACGUGCCGGCGGGGGGGCCCGCUCGCCGGCGCGGGGUGGGGUCCGGCGGCAGCAAGAAGUACUUCAGGGUGGAUCUGAAGAGCGGCGCGCUGCUGGUGAGCGAGCGGAUAGACCGGGAGGAGCUCUGCGGCGCUGUGUCUCCCUGCUCCUUGAGCUUUGAGAUCGUGGUGGAGAACCCGCUGGAACUGUAUAGCGGCGCCGUAGAGAUCCAGGACAUCAAUGACAACGACCCGGUUUUUCCGAGCAACCAGGCGAGGCUGGAAAUCAGCGAGUCGGUGGCUCCCGGAGCGCGCUUCCCGCUAGAGAGCGCGCAAGACCCCGAUGUGGGAAUUAACUCUUUGCAGACUUACCAGCUGAGCGCCAACCCUCAUUUUGUGCUGGAUGUGCAGACGAGGGGGGAUGGCAGCAAGUAUGCGGAGCUAGUGCUAGAGAAGGAGCUGGAUAGGGAGGAGCAGCGGGAACUGCACUUGGUCCUGACCGCGCUGGAUGGAGGCAGCCUGCCGCGGUCGGCCAGCGUGCAGAUCAGCGUUGAGGUUGUGGACGCCAACGACAACGCCCCGGUCUUCAACCACUCCACCUACAAGGCGAGCGUGAGGGAGAACACGCCCAGCGGCGCCCUGGUGGCCAGGAUCAGCGCUUACGAUCUGGAUGAUGGGCCCAACGGAGACAUCGUCUUCUCCUUCAGCAGCCACACGCCAGCAAAGGUGAGAGAGCUCUUCGCAUUGGACUCGGCCACGGGAGAGCUGAGGGUCAAGGGGCAGCUGGACUACGAGGAAACGAAGCUGUACGAGAUUUACUUACAGGCUAAAGACAAGGGCGUCGUACCCGGCGUGGCUCAUUGCAAAGUGCUGGUGGAAGUCGUGGAUGUGAACGACAAUGCUCCGGAGGUGACAGUGACCUCCGUGUACAGCCCCGUGCCUGAAGAUGCCGCCCCGGGAACGGUCGUAGCUCUGCUGAGCGUAACAGACCUGGACUCUGGAGACAAUGGUCUGGUGAACUGCUUUAUUUCCCCUGGGAUCCCAUUCACGCUCAGCUCCUCCCUCAAAAACUACUACACGUUGAAAACCAAAGAGGCUCUGGACCGGGAAAAAGCAUCGGAGUAUAACAUCACCAUCACGACCAGGGACUCAGGCUCGCCACCCUUGUCUGCAGUAAAACAGGUCCUGGUGCAGGUGUCAGACAUCAACGAUAAUGCACCCAAGUCUCUCCAGGACUCCUACGAUGUGUAUGUGCCAGAGAACAACGCAGCUGGCAUCCCCAUCCUUAACGUAAGUGCCACAGACCCGGACCUAGGGCCCAACUCCCGUCUCUCCUACGUCAUCCUGCAGGGUGACCCCGCCGUGGGCCGCCUCUUCUCCAUCAACCGGGAGAACGGCACCCUCUACCUGCUUGCCUCCCUGGACCAUGAGGACCAGGUGGAGUUCAGCAUGACAGUGCAGGUCCAGGAUGGUGGCUCUCCCCCCCUGGCCACCAACCUAUCGGUCAGUGUGUUUGUCACUGACCUCAACGACAAUGCCCCAGCCGUGCUAUACCCCCGGCCCAACGCCACCUCCUCCUAUGCCGAUGUGGUGGCGCCAGGCACUCCCGCCGGGCACAUGGUCACCAAAGUGGUGGCGGUGGACGCGGACGCGGGGUACAACGCCUGGAUCUCCUACACCCUGCUGCAGGCCACGGACCCCAGCCUCUUCUCGGUCGGGCUACACAGCGGGGAGGGCUUCACAGCCCGCCAGCUCCGCGAGGGCGCCACUGUUUCCAGCUCCGUGGCCGAGAUUGUCAAAGAGGCGCUCAUCGACCUCACCGACGUGGCGCCCGCCCACGACCCCAGGAGGCACGUGACUUUCUAUCUCAUCCUGGCCGUGAUUUUGGUCUCGGCGGCUUUCUUCAUCACCAUGGUAUCGGUGGGUAUUUUCAAGUGCUACAAGUGGAGGCAGUCAAAGGAGCUGUUCAACAGCUCCAGGAGCACCCUGUACAGGACGCCGGGGCCCUUCCACCACAUCGAUGCCGUGCGGGGUGGCUUCACACCGCCCAACUUCUACCACCAGGUUUAUCUCACCACAGACUCUCGCCAGAGCGAUCUCCUGUGCAAAAAGCCCUUCACUUCCAGCCCCCUGGGGAGUUGUGCGCGGACGUGCUUGCCUCUGAAGGUGCCCGGUGUUAACGCAGCACCCCCGCAAGCAGUCGGCUGA